ACCUGAUUGUUUAUUAAGUGCUCAGUUAUUGCAUGUCAUCACGAUGCGGAGGUUGCUUCUAUGUGUGUGCCUCGUAGCAGGCGUAGUUUGUGAUCAGACAAGUGAUGAGGCAGAGUCCAGGAUUGUUCGUAUUUCCCAAGGAUCUAUUCGUGGAUUUAGAGACCCCGAAGAGGAUAUCUUCAUUUUCUAUGGAGUCCCAUAUGCUAGGGCACCGACAGGACCAAAUAAAUUUAAGGCCCCUCUUCCUGCACCAAUUUGGUUAGAAACAUUAGAUGCAGUAGAUAAAGGCAUAAUAUGCCAUCAACCUAAAGAAUUUAUUGGAACAUAUGGGAUAGAGAAAAUUAUGCAAGAAGAUUGUCUGAUUGCAAAUAUAUAUGUACCCAAAACAAACAAUAAAAAUAUUCCUGUUGUGGUUUAUGUACAUGGAGGUGCUUUCCACGUGGGUUAUGGGGAUUUAGUAACUCCAAAAAAAUUGGUUAAAACUAAAGAUGUGAUAGUCGUAACAUUUAAUUACCGACUUGGUGUACAAGGUUUCCUAUGCUUGGGUACAGAAUAUGCUCCCGGGAAUGCCGGUAUGAAAGACCAGGUUGCAUUACUGCGAUGGGUAAAAAAAAACAUUGGCAGCUUUGGGGGUAAUCCGGAUGAUGUCACUAUAGCUGGUUACAGUGCAGGUUCUGCAUCUGUUGAUCUUUUAUUGCUUUCACCUCUAGCCAAGGGACUUUUUACUAAAGCAAUACCUGAGAGUGGUUCUAAUACAGCCGUAUGGUCGUUGCAACAAGAUCCUCUUCAGAAUGCAAAAGAUUACGCAAAAUUGUUGAAUUUCACAAAUGUUGAAGAUUUUUAUGCUUUGGAAGAAUUCUAUAAAACGGUGCCUUAUGAAAUAAUAGCUUCUAAACCAUUCUUAGAUGUUCCUGAUUCCACUUUUGGAUUUACUUUAUGUGUCGAACGUGAUACAGGGGAAGAGAAGUUUCUUGAUGAUACCCCUGUUAAUAUUUUGAAAAAUGGAAAAUAUAAUAAAGUACCGUUGCUAUAUGGAUUUGCUAACAUGGAAGGUCUAUUCCGUUUGCCACUUUUUGAACUAUGGAAGGACAGAAUAAAUGAGAAAUUUUCUGACUUUCUACCAGCUGAUUUGCAAUUUGAAAAUGAAAAUCAGAAGGAUGAAGUAGCUGAGCAGAUUAAAAAAUUCUAUUUUAAAGAUAGUCCAAUAAGUUCAGACACUGUAACUGGUUAUGUCGAUUAUUUCACUGAUAUUCUUUUUGCAUAUCCAGCACUGAGGUCUAUAAAGUUACAAGUCGAAGCUGGUAAUGAUAAAAUAUAUUUAUACGAAUAUUCAUUUAUUGAAGAAGUUAAUGUUCCGGAACAAUAUCCAAGUCUCCGAGGAGCAAAUCAUUGCUCUCAAACAAUGGCUGUACUUGAUGGAACGUUCAUUGCUGGUAGAGAUGAGAAAAAUAUUAGUGAUGAUUUACGGAAAGUUAAAGCUACUGUGAGAGAUCUGUGGUCUAAUUUUAUUAAGACUGGUAAUCCGGUGCCAGAAGGAUCAUCAUAUCCAGCAUGGCCCCCUACAAACGCAAAUGGUUUCCCUUACAUGGAGAUAGGAAGGGAGCUGCAACUGAGAGGAACACUACUGGAGGAGCGAAUUCGUUUCUGGGAUGCUAUCUACGAGCAAUACUAUCGCCCUCCCGCGGCACCACCAGCGCCGCCUGCCAAGCACAGCGAGCUUUAGAUUUUAGAUUAUAAUUUAAUUGCUUUUAUUUUUAUUGUCAGUUGUUUUAUUUACUAAUAAUAUAAUUAUAACAAACA